AUGAUUCAAUUAAAGACAAUGCUCAACUGCAUCGACAACUCGGGCGCUGCCCUCGUCGAAUGCGCCAUGGUCAUCGGGCGCAAGGGCGCUGCUCGCAUUGGCGACCGUAUCGUCGUCGUUGUUCAGAAGCACCGAGGCACCGACAAUGCAGGGUCCUCAAGCGCCAACAAGGUUAAGCGUGGAGAUAUGCGACAUGCCAUCGUGGUCCGCACCAAGGCGAAGUCACAGAGACGUGACGGCAGUGUGGUUCGCUUCGACGACAAUGCUUGCGUCCUUAUCAACAAGGCGGGAGACCCGGUUGGAACGCGUAUCAACGGAGUGGUCGGAGCUGAGCUGAGGCGCAAGCAGUGGAGCAAAAUUCUGUCAAUGGCGCCGAUGCAUGCAUAG